AUGCCAAAAGCAGAAGCUGGGAGCACUAAAGCGCUCAGCAACAAGCUCAAAGCUAAAGGCUUGGGCAGGUUAAGAUGGUACUGCCAGCUAUGCGAAAGACAAAUGCGCGAUGAAAAUGGCUUUAAAUGCCACGUCCAGAGCGAAAGCCAUGUACGCCAGGCAUUACUGGUUGGCGAGGACCCGAAAAAGCACAUCGAAGAUUACAGCAAGCAGUUCAUGCAAAACUUCCUCAACAUCCUACGGACAACACACGGCGAGAAGAAAGUGCAUGUCAAUCAAUUUUACCAGCAGGUCAUUGCCGAUAAAGAGCACAUCCAUAUGAAUGCCACGAAAUGGACGAGCCUUACUCAAUUUGCGGCGUAUCUCGGGCGAGAGGGUUUAUGUCGUGUGGAGGAAACGGAGAAAGGCCUCUUUGUUUCCUACAUUGAUCGAAGCCCGGAGACUAUGAGGCGUCGCGAGGCCAUCCUUAAAAAGGAGCGCCAGGAUCGAGGAGAUGAGGAACGGGAACAGCGACAAAUCCAAGAACAAAUUGAAAGGGCCAGGAAAAAUACAGAGCAGGAGGAUAUUGAUCCUGAGGCGAGGAAUCUACAGCGCGCAGAGGGAGAAAAGGUUAAACUGAAUAUCGGCUUUGGCCCGAAGCCAAUUGAGCAGUUGAAGCCUAAAUCAGGUACAGACACCUCCGUGGAAAAGGAAAGUGGUACUUCUUCAGAAGCCGAAGCCAAUGAUACCCCAAAACCAGCACCAAAACUGUCUUUAUCAUUUGGUGAUAAGAAGCCAAAAAAUGUGUUUGCUUCUGCGGUCAAGAAAAACCCUCUUGCCGGAAAGAAGGGUCCAGUGAUGGAGGCGCCUAAGAAGAUGUCGGAGCAGGAGAGAAUAAUGAAAGAGGAGAUGGAGGCAAUGGAGCGGAAACGCAUGCGUGGAUCAUCAGGAUUCCAGAACGCUAAGCGCCCAAGGGUUUCAUAA